UCACUCUAUUUUAGCGUAUUCCAAGAUGGCGCUGCAGAGGACGGUGGCGCGGUUGGUGCACAUCGGGACAGAUUUAGGGGUCAAAAAUAACGCGAGACAUUUUAAAACAGCAGCUGUAUUAUAUCGCCGGAGUGCACCACUUGGUCCAAUGCCAAAUGAAGAUAUAGACUGGAAGAACUUGGAGGCUCUGGAGAAAUAUUGCAGCUAUACGCGCUACCUCAGAAUUGCAGAGGAGGCCAGUAAUAAAGAGGUCUGGUGGAAGACCUACAGGAAACAUGUGGAACAGAAAUCUGACAAAGACUUUAAGCCAGUGGACAUCGGCCUGCCUCACUGCCGACCCUCCAGGUUAAAAGAAGUUCGGGAACGAAGAAAGGUGAUGAAGGAAAACAAAAAGAACCCAGAGCUGGAGAGAGACGCUCGUCUACGCACGUUUCGCAUUCCUUUGGACCAAGUGAAGCAGGAAUGGGAGAAAACUAAUGGCCCUUACCACAUACAGAGGCUGGCGGAGCACUAUGGAAUAUACAGAGACCUUUUCCCUAUGGCGUAUUUUGUUCCAAGGGUAAUGCUGAGGGUGGCAUAUGGAGACGACAGCAAUGCCAUGGUGCAUUAUGGCAAUCAUUUAUCACCUAGUCAGGCUUCAUCAGCACCUCACAUUAGCUUCGAGGCAGAAGAGAAUUCUCUUUGGACAUUGCUGCUAACAAGCCCAGAUGAACAUUUGCAGGAUGGCGAGCAGGAAUAUGUGCACUGGCUGGUUGGUAAUAUUCCUGGAAACUCUGUCUGUUCUGGGGAUGUUCUCGCUCAUUAUGCCACGCCAUUUCCUGCAAAGGGAACAGGAUUCCAUAGAUACGUCUUUAUUCUCUUCAAGCAAGAUGCACCUGUUGACUUUAGCAGUGAUGUCAGACCAGACCCCUGUUACAGCCUGCAGCAGCGAAGUUUUAAGACACUGGACUUCUACAGGAAGCAUGAAGAUCUAAUUACUCCUGCUGGACUGGCUUUCUUUCAGAGCCAGUGGGACAACUCUGUCACCAGUACCUUCCACACAUUGUUCAAUAUGAGAGAGCCAGUGUUUGAGUAUGACCAACCACCAGUGUAUCAUCCACCCCAGAAGAAAUACCCUCAUGGUCAGCCGCUUCGAUACAUGGACCGUUACAGAGGCGGAAAAGAACACACAUAUGGCAUUUACUAAAAAACAUGCUGUACAAUUGUUAUUGAAGAAAUUUCUAAUAAAAUGUAUUUACAUCCAAGAAAAUUUGAUUAAAUCCACAAUGUGGGGAGCAGUUUGCCAGGCAUGAAACUUUACAAUUAAACAAUUAAUAAAGCCUUAAUCAAUAAAUAAUUACAGAUAUACUGUGAAAUAACAGAAGCAGUUAAAGUUGAUGCAGUUUAAACUUCCUUCCCAUGGCAGAAAACUUACUGACCUUUACAAAGCACUGACACCCAACAAUUAUCCAUUCAACAAUAUGAACAAUUUUUUAUUUCUAUCUUAAAUAAUGCCACAGUGUUUAUUCCAUUUAUUAUUAGGGUUAGAUUACGACCAGUCGUCUGCCAUAUGCCCCUCUGAAUGAGUUACUAUAGAAACGUUAAUGUAUUAUAAAGAGCACAUUAAUAUUAACCUGUCAUUUGAGGUUGAAAAUUACUCCACAUCUUCAGAUCAGAGAAUUCAACAGUGCUGUGAUGUAAUGUGUAUUAGUAUGUGUCUGGAUUACAUGACCGCAUACUUGACUCACUUACAAAGUAAACAUUGUUCUAAUACACUCCUUUAAAUAAAACCCAGACAGAUCA